AAGUAAGUAAUUUCUUCAUCUGGUGGUGGUCUUGUUCAAUCCUCAUCUCGAUCGGGGAGGCCGCCAACCACCAUAUGGCGGGAGGGAAGGUUUACUCGUUCGAGGAGGUGAGGAAGCACAGCGACCGCAAGGACUGCUGGCUCAUCAUCGCCGGCAAGGUGUACGACGUCACGCCGUUCAUGGAGGAGCACCCCGGCGGCGACGAGGUCCUGCUGGCGUCCGUCGGCAAGGACGCCACCGCGGACUUCGAGGACAUCGGCCACAGCGCCUCCGCCAAGGAGCUCAUGCCCCAGUACUGCAUCGGCAAGGUCGACGCGGCUACCUUCCCGGCCAAGCCCGCCUGCGUCGUCACCAAGGACGACGCCAGGUCGUCCGAGAAGGCCGCGACGAGCGCCGGCGCUUGGGCCACGCUCCUGCAGCUCGCCGCGCCCGUCCUGCUGCUGGCGCUGGCCUUCGCGCUGCAGCAGAACUAUGCCAGGGCCAAGGCGGAGUAGACAAGAUACAGAUAGAUACCAUCGUUGAUUCCGCUGAGUCGCGGCCGUGCGGCCUCUUUGGAAGCAUCUGAAUUACAUUUUCUUCCUGGCAAAAUUAACUACUCGUGGUUUCGUUACUUUCGUAAUAAUGGUUACAUUUUCUUCCUGGCAAA